AUGUUCCGUGCCUGUAUGCAGAAAGUGCCGGGCACAGUGUCGGACGGGCAUGUCGGUGCCGGCGUGCUUUCCGCGACGUCGUUAGGGUGGAUAGCGAAACAGAUCGACCAUCUGACAGGCGAGAAGGGUCGUAGUGGGGUGAGCAUCGAGAUCGUCGGGAUGAAGGGGCUGAAGGCUUUGCGCGACAGCAUGGUUGAGUACGUCAGUAAGGUCAUUGCCGUAAAACGCACCGCGGCGCCGACUUCUCAAGCCGCCGGACCCGCCGACAGUGCCAUUGAUGACGACGGCGCGGAAGGACAGAAGGCGCCCCAAGGUGCAGUUGCCGCCCAGCAUCAGGGGAACGCGAGGGUGCAUGGGGAAGGUGGAAACGGUGGAGGAGGCGACGCAGAGGCAGGUGCAGGAAGGUUGGAAACGGAGAAGUCGUCGUCGUCGUCUGAGUCGGAGUCGGAGUCGGAGGAGGAAGACGAGGCGGUGAAGCGUAAGGACAAGGACGAGGAGGAGGAGGAGGAGGAGGAGGAGGAGGAGGAGGAGGAGGAGGAGGAGGAGGAGGAGGAGGAGGAGGAGGAGGAGGAGAAUAAGGACGAGAAUGGUGAGAAGUGGGAGGGAGGGAAGGAUGAGGAGGGGGGGGAUGAAGAGGUGGAGCUCGUGGUGGAGUAUGUAGAGGGUACGGUUGAGGCGGAAGUGGCGGUGGGGUCGGCAGAUCAGGGGAAUGAGGAAGAGAAGGAUGACGGCGCGGGAAAUGCUACGAGGUCGGCAGAUGUGGGGAAGGAGAAGGGCGAGGUCGGCGUGGAGGCAACGACGGGAAAUGGCCAGGAUGAGGCGGCCUGCGAGGGAGGUGGGAAGGUGUCGAUCGACGCCGGCGAAGGGGCGAACAACACGGGCGUGCAAGAGACCGGGGAAGCACCUAGUCGGCAGGGCCCUGAACUGGAUGACGUUGAGGAGCUGCGACGGGAGAACUGGUUGUUGCGGGCGGAGAACGCUCGGCUGGCGACGUUGCUCGAUGCGGAGCGGGCUCGGCUGGACAGGUUUUUUGUUGGGGUCAGUGGACUCGUCGACCACGUUAAAGGGUUGGCCGAGCAGGUCGACGACACCGAGAAGUAUGCCGCGGAACAGCUGCGAAACGCGACGGAGGCCAUGUCGGGCAACAUCACCGGCAGCUUUGACGAAGCGUGGAAGCCGAUGAAGACAUUCGCGGAACAGGCGACGGAGUGGUUGGAGGACUUCGACAAUCCGGAGGGUCGUGUCGCGUAUGCACGGGCGUUAGCGGUCUCCGACUUGGCCGAACACGUAGAUUCGGUGGUGGGCGAUGCGAAGAAGGGGUUGGAAGAGUACGUCUCGAACCACCUUGCCUCCGCGCAGGUCAACAUCGCCACCGCUGUGACCACCAAACUCGCCGUGCCGCCGCCGCCACCGCCUCAUCCCACGCCGCCCGCCAUCCUGGAAGAGCUUUUGAAGUCGUUCAAGGCCGACAUCAUGAAGGCGGUGACGGAGGCCACCCAGCAGUCUUUCGUUGCUUCCGGGAUGAAGAUGGUGACAGAGAUGAUCGGCAAUGUGGCGCCAGGUCGAUGUGGGUCGUCGCCUUCGGCCAAUGACGCCGAUAAUGCGCAAAGGAAAACGGCCGAGAAGCAGAGCCAUAACAGGACGGGCGAUGGAGAUGACAAGGAGAGCUCGAAGCGGAGCAAGGGAGCGGACGGUAGCCGCGGGUCGAAGCCUGCGCAACAGAGCGUGGUCGACCAGCUGAAGACGAAGGCGGGGUGGAAGGUGGUAAGGACGUCGCACAGCAAGGGAGGCGGAAGCGGGGGAGCAGAGGGUGGCCCUGCCGACGGGGUUGCCGCUAACGUAGCUGCUCCGACUGGCCCGCCUUUGGUCGCCGAGCAAACCCAUCCUCAGGCGAGCGGUGGGAAAGGCGUGACCGACAAGGAGGUGCCAACUGCUCAGGCGGCGAAUGAUGGCGACUCCGGAACCACCAAGGGACCGUCCGUCGUGGCGGCGGCCAAGCCUGCUUCUGCUACGGUUGUCGGCACCACCAAGUCGAGUCCCCGUAACCCCCUUGCGGCUACCAGCGCGCCUGCCGGCCAGUCAGGUGCGAACAAAGAUGGGGAGGCUGCUCCAGCUCCAGCAGCCCCGGCUGCCGCCAAGGGCGUCGCGAAGGCUGCUUCGGCUAAGGGUGAUGCCGUGGCAUCAGCUAAGGCCCCCCCUGGUGGUACCGCGCUCAGGGAGAUGCUCCGCCGCAUGGAGGCACAUAGCAGGGACGUGCAGCAGCAUCCCGUGGUCGACGCCGGCCUUCCUGGAACAGCACGUCGCUCCGUCACUACGCAGAUUGCCGGCAAGUCGUCCGGUGCCCCACCUGCCGCGCCUCCGGUGGCCGCCCCACCGCCUGCGGACCCCAAGUUCGCUUUUCUUUGCGCCCAUUUAGGCGCACGCAAAGCGGCUGCUCCGUCAGUGACCCAGCCGGAACUCGGCAAAAACGCGACGCCGACGUCGGUAAACGCGACCGCACCCACACCAGGUGCAUCUAUGGUCGAUGUGGCGGCGGAGAAGGGAGUGAGUGCAGCGCUCGCCACCGGCGGCCGCGCAGACAAGCAUGCCGAUCUCGCUGUCGUCAUGGCCCAUUUUGAGGUAGCAAAGCGCCCCGAGCACGCCCUUGUUAUGGCCAUCAUGCACACGGCGCAUGUGGUGCCGUCGGCGACCCACGGAGGGGGUUCGGCGGAGCAGACGGCCGCAAUGGCUGCUGUCGCCGAGAGAAAUGCUGGACGGAAGGAAAAGGACGACAACGGGAAAGGGAAGGCGGUCUCUCAGAGGAGCACGCGGGCGAUGUCUGCGGGGAAGUUGAUGUUCUACGACAUACUCGGCAGGUACCGUGGGUACGCGAGUUCGGGUGAUGCGCUUCAUGACGUGCUCUGGCCGGCGAUCUGGUUCCCCAUCAUCGAGGACACGGAGGAAGGCAAGGAAGAGACGGACGCUCUCAUGUCGGCGAUGGUAAAUCGCGUGUCGAUGUGCGCGGCGUAUGGGAAGGUCGCGGCGAGCGCGGUGUUUGGGAAGGCCGACGCGAGCGUGGAGGGGAAGGCGGACGAGAAGACGGAGAUGGGGGCCCAGGUGUUAGCGGCAUCGGCAUGCGCCAUCUGGUGCUUCUUGGAGACGGAUGCGUCGGUGCUCGGUGCUGUGGGCGAAGGGAAGACGACGGCGAUGGUGGCAAGUGCGGGGGAGGCGAGGGCCGAGGACUUCAAGGAGGUGAUGCACGUGGUGAUCGACAUAGCACGCAGUAGGCAGGCUCCCGCGGGGGAGGUUGCACAUAACGUCGCGCCAUCGCUGCAGAGCCAGGCAGUGGCCAGGGCCUUCGCGAAGGGAGUUGAGGAAGUCGAGGCCGACAUGAUCGCAAGAGCGACAGUCAAGACCUUGGCGUUCUGGGGAAUGUGCCCCGUCGUCGGGCCCAAGCUCAAAGCGCAGGGCAUCGAUGUGCCGUGUGACGCGAGGAUGGAGUACGAUAUGGAUCACAGGGGGAGGAAGGGGGAGAAGGCCAAGCAGAGCAAGGGCAGCAGCAAUAGGAAGAAGGGCAAGCAGGGCAUGGGCAGUACGGAUGCGUAG